AACAAGACAUAAACAUGGCACAGUUUACAUUGCUCUGAGAGGAAGUGGAAAGAGUUUGUGGAGCGUGAUCUAAUGAUCAAUUAUAAACACAGAAGAGGAGAAGUGAGCUUUCUGCUGUGUUGUGAUUUCACAUCAAUCUCGUGACCGGUCCAGCUCUAACAGAUACCAUUAUGAUAUUAUAUUAAUCUGCUUUGAAAGAAUAACCAGUCACUCACCUUUAGUGGGAGGCACCAGAUUACCAUUGUCUGGAAACUCACCUGCGUCUGGGCCAUUCUUUUAGUUUUGUUUUUCCUGAAAUGUCACAUCUCACUAAACAUGCUGUGAUGAAUGAAGACGUCCAGACAUCUCCCGCAGGAUUCUUAACAUGUUCAAACACUUGAAUCUGCUGCUUCUGCUCAGCCUUUUCAAUCACAGCGGAUCCAUCACUCGAUCUGUGAAAGGAAUAAAAGGAGGCGACGCCACCCUGUCAUGUGAAUUUAAAGACACUCAUUAUCUUGAUUUGAGCAGGUUAUCAAGCAUCCUUUCUUGUCAGAAUGAAGAAUGUGAGAGUGAAAGUGAAAGUCAGAAUGAACGAGUGUUUAAAACAGGAUCAUGUGCCGUGAUUAUCAAGAAUCUGAGACUGAGUGAUGCUGGGAAAUACAUUUUAACAGUCUAUUAUACUAAUACUCAGGCAGAAGUGAAGCGUCAAAUCAGGACAUACCGACUUCAUUUUCAGGAUGAGGUUUCAGUGAAGAAAGGAGAGGAGCUGAAGUUAGAUGUUCUGUUGCCCAAUGCUAAUAAAGUAGUGCACUGGACCAGAAGAAGCACAGGACCGAAGGAGGACUGGAGCAGAAGCCAUGGGCUCAGAAGUGAUCGAAUGAGCAUCAGAGAUAGAAACCUGAUCAUUAGUAACUUUACAGCCAGAGACACAGGAACAUAUGAGGUUCUGGACACUGAAGGAGAAAUCCUGAUCAUGGUGACAGUCACAGAAUCAGAGGACAAGAUGACCCUCAUGAAUGAUGACAAACAGCAGCGUACUCCCUCUCUUCUACCUGAAGCGUACUGGAUCGUCCCGGUUGAACUCUCAGUGUUUUUGGUGAUUCUGGUUGCUUUGAAAGGAAAAAGGAUGCACAGAUGUCCAGGAGCACAACUGCACGUUUGCUGAAGGGCAUGCCUACAUACUUGACUAAUAAUGCAGCUAAUGUUAAUUAAUUCAUAAGUUAAUUAAAUAUAUAUAUAAUAUAUACAUAUUUUUAUUGACAACAAUAGGAAACAUGAAUAAAGAAGUAAAUGAAUUAAUAAAAGGACGCAUCACAAACACACACACGUAUACAAGAAACAAAACUUUAUUCAAACUUAUUCUUCUAAUAAUGACUUAGACGAGAUUGAAGUCACCUCUGUGAUUUCUGUGCUCAAAACUGAAUUGAAAUGUUGAAGCUGCUGCUAACUCACUUUUUAUCGACAGAAAUCCUCCUCAGUUUAUCAACAGUAGACUAAUGGACACAUACAAUACUGCAGGUUAGGUUUCUUCACAUCUAAAGCAGUGAUGAUGACAGUAAUUCUAGCUCCUUGAUUUUUAAGAGUGUAAAGGGAAUAAAUAUGGGACUGAACAUAUAUUUCAUUGCUUUCUCUCAGAGUUAUAUCAUUGGC